ACUAAUCCGCCGAAUUUCUCUGCGGCGGCCUUCUCCGCUUUGAACUCUUCUACGGUUCCCCUUCUCCGACGCGGAAGCAAAAUUCCGGCGAUGUCCGGGACGCUGCCCGGAGUGGAGUCCGCUCGCCGGAGAAGAGCAAGCCACCACCACCCGAUUCCGCCCAAUCCCUCCCCUCGGCCAUCGGAUCGGAGACUCUACUCGCUCUCUGCUGAUGCUGACGGUGGAUCCUAUCUGGACGAGAAUGCCCUCCGGGCCAGACGAAGCCUCGAGGGAAAGCUCCGGAACCUCCAUCCACCCAAUAGCAAAGGCAGAUGGAAUGGAAUGUUUAGUUGGGGUCGCGGGGCCAUGUCCGGGUCCGGGUCUACAACAAAUAGGAGAUCAGAACCCACUGUCACUGUGUGCUCGGCCGCUAAUAAUGGUUUCUGCCUGACGGCCGUAUCGGACCGACUCAGCUCGGACAGAGAGGUCUGCCCGGUUUGUUUGGAUGUCUUCCACUUGCACCAGACGGUCAUGCAUCUUCCAUGCCUCCACAGAUACCACCCGGAGUGCCUGCGCCCAUGGCUGAGCGCUCAUUCAGAUUGCCCCUACUGUAGAACCCACGUUUCGGUUCGGUCUCUUGUAGGCUGAAUUGACAGGUAGGCUCUUCGUCCUCGCUUCUUUUUGGAACUUUGAAGUUGUUCAUCACUUCAAGAGGAAGUUGGAGUUUGAAGACAAUGUCAACUUUUUGGUUUUCAGUCUCUUCUGUACUACAAACUUUGGAGAUUUUUCUCGAGUGAAUUGUUAGAAAGUCUGUAAUCACUUUAAUACUUUUAGUGCUAUAUCUGUGGUUCUUCUUAUUGAUAAGCUGAGGUUAGACAGAUCUUUACCAGAUUA